UCCAGAGUUGUACUUCCGAUUUUGGCUCGAGCCACAUUUCGCCAGAUUUUUGCAAUAAAUCACAAAAAGAAACACAAAAUUCAUAAAAUACUAUGCCACCAAAGAAAAAUGAACCUGGCAAAAAGACUAUUGAAAAGAAGAAGGAAAAAGUUAUUGAGGACAAGACCUUUGGUUUGAAGAACAAGAAGGGGGCGAAACAACAGAGGUACAUCCAAAAUGUUACACAGCAAGUCAAGUUUGGAAACCAAAAAGCCAGUAAACUGGCACAGGCGGAGGCUGACAAGAAUAAGAAGAAACUUGAUAAGAAAAAAGAAGCUGAUGAACUGAGCACUUUGUUUAAGCCCGUACAAACAGUUUCCAAAGGUGUUGAUCCCAAGUCUGUGUUGUGUGCAUUCUUCAAACAAGGACAAUGUUCAAAAGGAGCCAAGUGUAAAUUUUCUCAUGACUUGAAUAUUGAGAGAAAAGGAGAGAAGAUCAACAUUUAUUCUGAUUCCAGAGAUGAAAAAGAUGACACAAUGGAGAACUGGGAUGAAGAUCAACUGAGAGAUGUGGUCAACAAGAAACAUGGUGAACAGGAAAAAUCUCUGCCCAAAACUGCAAUUAUUUGUAAGUUUUUCCUGGAAGCUGUGGAGUCCAGUAAAUACGGCUGGUUUUGGGAGUGUCCAAAUGGAGGAAAGAAGUGUCACUACCGCCAUGCUCUACCCCCAGGCUUUGUUUUGAAAAAAGACCAGAAGAAGGAAGAUAAAGCAUCCGCAAUCACGAUAGAGGAACUUAUAGAGAAAGAAAGAGCAGCUCUUGGUGGUGGAACAACAAAAGUCACAUUAGAAUCUUUCUUGAAAUGGAAGGAGAGAAAGAGGAAAGAAAAGAUUGAGCAAGCUAAAGCUGCCCAGGAAAAGAAGAAGGCAGAUUACAAAGCCGGUCGGGCUUUCGGAAUCAGUGGAAGAGAGAUGUUUGAGUUUAACCCUGACCUGGUGGGCGAGGAUGAUGAUGAGGCCACAGAAGGGGUCAUAGAACGGGAGCGUGAUUCUGACGACGAGGAUGAGAGUGGCCCAAAGGUGGUUGAUAUUAACCUGGACUAUAUUAUGUCAACGGCCCGGGAGUCUGAUGGAUCGGGGACAGUGGCAACAGAGCGGCAGUUUGAGGUCAACUCCAGGGGCGGAGGUGAGCCUUCAUCUGCAGGCUCAAAUGAAACAGAUGAAGCUAAGAAACUGGACGAAGCAGCUGCAUUACCUCCGAAAGAACCAUCCACAACGGAAACGGAUGCCGCAAUAGCGGCUGCAAUGGCCGCCACUGUUAAUGGUGCAGAGAUCGAGAUCGACGAGGAUUUAUUCGGUGGUGAUGACAUUGACGAUGUAGAGGACGAGUUGGAAACUCUAGAUUUAGUGGACGAUUAGAGUAUAUGUACCCCUCCCAAGAUUAAACCUCAAAAAAAAAACUUUCCAAAACGGCCAAGAUUAGGAGAAAUUGUUGUGAUUGUGAUGAAAAAAAAAAAAAUAAUUAAUGGAAUAUUGCAGAGAUCUGGCUUUGGUAUUUUGACUGAAGUAAUGUUUUUGGUCAUGUUACUCUAGGAAAUUCUGUUUUGAUUAUAAAAGAAGCAAACCGCAUUUAUUUAUCGAAUUUACGUUGGAAAGUGUCUCGUCAUAUGUUAAGAAGCACUGACAAACAAAAUGAAUGACUGUAUAUGUACCAGGUUCUUGUGUUUUGAUAAAAGUAAAUGUUUAAAUAAAUAACUAGAAUAUUUCAUUUAAUGUGAAUUGCCUUCUUGUACAAAGAUAUUUUUCGGGGAAUUUGUACAGAUAUUUAUUGAAAAAGAGACAAAUAUGAGAUGUAUUUCAUAGUUUAUGACUAAAAAUAUCAUAUUACAAAAGAACUACUCGAAAGUACCUCGUUUGAUAAUUUUUUGGUCAAAUUUUAUCGUUAAACAUUUGAUUUUAAAGAGGUGAUUGUUUUAACUGCUGUAAAAUAAUUGAUAAAGCAUAUUUUCGUUUGGUGUUUUGUAAUGAAAAUAACAAGUCUGAGAUAUAUGUCUGUUUAAAAUAUGGUGUAUUUUGUAUUAUCAUGUGAAAAAAGUGACGAAUGAAGUAUCACAACUUUAAACUGUGGUAAAACAUUGGUUUAAGUAUUAAAAGUAUUGGACUGUUCACAGUGAUGACUGAUGUAAACAUUUGAAAAUAAAGAAGUUAGAAUGUGGUGUUGAA